AUGAACAUGACAGUAAAUGGAUCAAGUUCCUGGAGCUGCUCCAGUCUGAUAAAUCUAGAAGCAGGAAAAAUUGGAUCAACAGUUGCUUUUAGUUUGCUCCUUGUUGUUUCGCUGAUUGGAAAUUUGCUCAUCGUAUUAAUUGUUUACAAAACACCAACUUUAAGAAAACCGAUAAAUAUGUUGAUCGCAAAUAUGGCCAUGUCCGACCUGCUCUUUCCAAUAUUCACCUUCCCUGCUUAUCUGGCAGAUUUACACGUUGAUGGCGGGUGGCUUAUUAUUGGUGGUAACCUUGGUCAAGCCUUGUGCAAGCUACGUCUUUUCGGUAUGUACAUUUCCUCGUUAGUAUCUGUUCAGAGUCUGGUUCUGAUAACAGUGAAUCGAUUUGGAGCUGUUGUAGUUCCACUUCGUUCCCCUCUCAUAACUAUCAAGCAGUGUCCAUUCUUCAUUGUCGCUACGUGGAUAAUCGCGAUGGCCGUUUAUUCGCCAUAUCUUGUUGUUAAUAAACUUGUUGAAUACCCUGGAGGAGUGAGCUGCAUAUCUCAGUGGAGAGAAACUUUCGGAGGAAACGCAAAUAGAAAUUACAUGUUAGUGCUUGUUAUCGUGUUUUUCUACACCCCCUUUGUCUUGUUGGCGAUACUUUACUCCGUCAUCCUGAUCAAGCUUAAAAGGCAAGCCCAUCCAGGUGAGCCAUCAGCCAACGCUGAGGAACAGCGGACAAAAAGAAUCAGAAGCGUGCUGAAGAUGGCUAUUGCUAUUGUUGUAGCGUUUUUCAUUUGCUGGAUACCACGGUUAAGUAGGGUGAUAUCCUUUUUAAGUGCACCAAGAAGUUCCAUUUCUUGUAGUAUUAUACUGUACGAUCUUAUCAUCGAGUUUAUGCCUUUGGCAAACUCUGCUAUCAACCCGAUUAUCUGCCUCAUAUUUAGUAGUAACUAUCGCCAAGCUCUAAAGAGACUUGCGAAUUGCUGUAAUACAGGGCAAGAUUAACUUUUUGAAAACUAAAAGCUUUGCCUGUUCUGAAGUGAUUCCGGAGAGAAAAAAAAGACGACCGAUAUUAAUAAAUAACACUUUACUGUAAUAUGAUGAGCCGAAAAGGCUGUUAUUUUUAUCUUCGCUGACAAAGCUUCUGGAUGGUUUGCCUCACAACCCGGAAAGCAAAUACGUACAAAGAAAGCAGUAUAAUAGCAGAUCCAAGCGCGAAAUUUGA